AUGCCUACGGCAGCGAGCGGAGAGGAUCUGGGAUGGCCGAGUACCGGAAAAAAAGUUGGAACGAGCCCAACACCUAGUAGUGCUCAAGAGGCAAUAGCAGCAUGGGACGCGUUCGCGGCACCGGAUUUGGAGAAGACUGUUUCUAAAUCGGCGGAGGAAAAGAAGGAAUCUGCGACGAAUGAGAGCAGGAAAGGAAGUGAGAUGAUUCAAAUCGAUCACGUAUUGCGACUUCACCAGCGCAGGGCGUCUGGGGCGUCGUAG